AUGUCGUUUGAAAAUGAUAUAAAAGAAAGGGGGACUAAAAAAAAAAAGAAAAAAAGAUCCCUCACAGAGGAGGAUCUCGAGGAGGCCCUCUUUGGAAUUGCCGAACUGUUCCAGGAACAGGGGGAUGACGACGACGUCAACGAUGGGAGUGAUGGGAACGACAGGAGCAUCUUCGACGAGGAAGAUGAUGAAGAUGACGAGGAUGAAGACGAUGAGGAGGAUGACGAUGAUGAGGAAGAACAGGAUGAUGACGAUGAUGGAGACGAAGAGGAGGAGGACGAAGUGAAUAAUGUGCCAGUAGCACGGCACAGCCACAUGCCACUCGCGGGGGGACACAACUUGCUGGCGGAGAAUGACCAGCGGGAAGUCGCCGCGACAAAGAAAAAGAUGAGUGAGGGACAAAAGGGUGGACAUGCUGAUGGAAAAAUUGUACCAAGUGAAGAUCCAGGUGAAGAAGGACGAAGCAAAAAACAGACAAAGAAAAGUGCCCCACAAGAUCGCAGCGAUUGCUUCAUCAGCAAAGACUUCAUUAAAAAUGUGGGACACCUGAACAAAAUUAUUAACCACCAAAUUAUAGUCGAAAAUGACUCGAGCUUUCUGCAAAUAUCAAACAUAAUUGAAUUGCGUGUAAGACAGAUAAUUGAGGAAGCCAACAAAUUUUACCAAAAGAGAAAAAGGUACUGUAUUAGCCGAUUUUUAAAUCUUAACGACUUCACCAACUCUUGUUAUUACUUGAAUGUAACAGUUCCAUACAAAUAUCAGGUUAGCUUGCAUCCCGAUUUGUAUUCCCAACAGGGGGGGAUGAAAUAUGGAAGAGUCAGGUGGAGGUUAGCGCCUAAUAAGGGCUUUAAGAAUGUGAAAAAUAAAAUGAAAAAAAAGAAAAGAAAAAGGGGCUAUUUCCAGAAAGGCAGGAGAAAGAAGAGGCGGAAUAAUUUCAACCUCAGCGCUGCCAAAAUAUUCAAGGAGUUUCAAACUCAGCAAAGUAGGAGAACCAAUUGUUAUAGGGAAUUCGCCGAUGGGGGAAGAGGGAAGGAUAAAAGGAGCCAUAAUGUGGAUCCGGGGCAAAGUGGCGAAAGUGGUGUAGAGGACAACGGAGAGCUUGGCAUCCAUGGAAGUGGCCAUAAGGCGAAAGCAAAAUGUUCCAGUGGGGACAUGGACGAAAUGCUUCACAGUGGGGUAAACGAUUGGUUGGGUGCCCAAAGGGAAAAUGAAGAGGAUGAGCAGGAUCGGAGAGACGCUGCAAAGGAAUCCUUUAGUCUCCCCGAUGAUCCGUCCAGUAAGGACGACCCCGAGGUGAAUGUCUCUGUCGAAAAUGACGAGGCGGAGAGGAACUCUGCGAAAGAGGCUGCAGAGAGUGGAAGUAGUCAGAGGGCCCACAGUGUGAACGAUGGGCAAGAUGAACAUAAGUUUCCUGCGGGCGGUGAUGCCCAGCGCAGUGCUGCUCUUCAUGAUGGUAAGCAGGGAAAAGGUGAUGACCACAGCGCGAGUGACCUGCUUACAGAACGCGCAAAGAAAUUGGGAAGCGAAGAUAUCGGUAACGGGCACCCACUGAGAAGUGUGAAAGAAGGCCCCCCCUUGGGGGAAGGGCUCGGGGGUGAACAGAAGCACGAUGAAGUUAUUGGAGCAGUAGAGAGUGCUAACGUAAGGAAUGGCGAUGUUGGGAAGGACCAGAGCGGUGAAGAAGACAACAACCUGCUACACUACAAAUUGCAUUUGCAAAAAAAUAGAAAAAAAAUAAAAAAUAUUCAAAAUUUUUUGUUGAGCGAUAUGCAGAAUGUGCUCCCGGUCGAGGCCAACAUGACCAUUUUUUGGUUGUUUAUACAAAACCGUUGUAAGAAGAGGAAGAAGGAUAAUAAAAAGAACGGGCAAAGUUCCAACGUUGGGGGGGAUUACUACUACGCUAGUGGCGCAGGGGGGAAUAAUGAACAGAGGAAAAGCGCCCCGGUUCAUUUCGACUAUCAGUGCUACGAGAUGUUGUACAGGGUAGACAAGAAGGGACGGGGUUUCCACAGCUACCGGGAGUAUGCGAAAGGGGGGAGAUUAGGAGGCAGACACGGAGAUAGCCACUUGGAUCACCAGCGGGGCAACAUAUUCCUAUUGCCCAAAUUUUACCCCAUAAACAAGGAAUACGCCAUUCUUUCAAAAUACAUUUUAGAAAUUAUAAAAGACAUAAUAAAUUACCGAGUGAAUUUUUUCGACUACAACAACAUUUUACACAUAUUCACAACGUCAAAGGAGAUUAACAAAAUUCUUUCAAAUAUCUUUUUCUUCCUCUUCAACGAAUUGGACCAUAACUUGGCCUUCAACAAUAUGUACGCAUCUCUGAUGUUGUUAAUAUUAGUGGACGGAAUUAUAAAAAAUAAAAAUAUAGAUACACAUUUUUACUGCCUACAAAUUCUGAAGAUGCUACUCCAUGUUAUUUUAUAUGAACAUGAUUUGAAAUUAAAAAAUAUUUACCUCAUUUUGUUAGUAAAAAGAAAGGCAUGUGAUAUAAUGAUAAACUUUUGUUGCAUGCUGAGGAAAAAAAACAACAACGAAAUUAUUAAUAUAGAUUAUUAUUUAAUUUAUAUUUUAAGUAAAUUAUUGACUCACAGUAAAUGUACGUAUAUGCAUAUUUACGUAUCCUAUUAUUUGAUUUAUUUAAUGCCUUUAAAUAUUCACCUGAAGUUCUUUUUAGCCUACACGCCUACCUUUUUGGGAAUAUUUUUUAAGAAAUAUUUUUACCAUAAGAAUGGGUACUGGAACACGAAGUGCAAGACGACGUGCGGGUUGCCAGUUUCGCCAGAAGAGACCGAGUUAAAUGAGCUGUUCAACUUUUUUUUCUUUCACAUUUAUACUCUUAUACAAGGAUCCUUGUACAGGAUUUUCAAACAUAUGGACAAUGUCCUUGUGUUGGAUAAUGCAGCUACAUGCAGCUACUUAAAGAACUUAAUGGACUUUGUCAUUCAGCAUGCCGAUUACCAUUUGCCACUGCUCUUGUCCAUAAUGACUGUCCUUGGUCGGGGUUCUGCCGCCUUCAUUACUGCUGCACCGCGUCGUAAGCGGGGUUGGAAGCGGUUCAGGGCACACCCCAAAAAGGUGCACUCAAGACGACGAGGUGAAGCACUAAGGCGAAGGUAUUCAGAGCGAGGCAACAAAGCUGCCAAAGUUAGAAGAAAAAAAAUAAAAAAAAACAGACUUAGAAAGGAAAGGAGGAAAAAAGCGAAGAAGAAACAACGGCUCCUCGACGUUAGCGCUGUUCGCGCUUAUGAGCACCAACACGAUGUGCAGAAGAUAGCAAAAAGGAAAAAUUACCUAAAACAUGUUAACAAAAUUUAUAAUUAUUAUGCCAGGCAAAACCAAGGUGCCCAGGAUGACAAUGUGCACAUGGGUCACUACAACAACUGGGACCAUCGUGACGACCUGGACGAUCGAGGCGAUCUAAUUUCAACAGAAAACAUGAACACCACUGGUGUGAAUAAAAAGGGAUUCCUCACGGCGUAUGUAAAAAAAAGAAUUUCGCUAAACAAGACACUGCUGCAGAAUAUGAUGCACACAAAUCAGUUGCAUGCAAACAUUGCUGUAAAUAAAAUGCUUUGCAAAAUUUUAAAUAAAUUUGAAAAAAGGAGGAACAAAAAAAUGUCCCGUCGUCAGAGAAGGGACGAUGGUUUGAUUCUCUACAAUUCGUGUUACUACUUUUUGUAUACCCUCUGA